AUGACCCGGAGGCUGCUCCUGCUCCUCGCCCUCUGCAGCGACUGCUUGCCCCGCAGUGGAGCGACAGUGGCUCUGAGCCAGCCCCGGGUGCAGUGCCGGGCCUCCAGGUACCCGGUCGCCGUGGACUGCUCCUGGAUGCUGCCACCGACACCCACAGCCACCUCCUUCAUUGCCACAUACAGGCUUGGCGUAGCCUCUCGUGGCGAAAGCCGGCCCUGUCUGCAGCCCAUCCCGGAAGCCACACACUGCUCCAUCCCUGACAUCCUGCUGUUCUCCACAGUACCCUACGUUCUCAACGUCACCGCCGUCCACCCCACAGGCGCCCGCAGCACCUUGGUGGCCUUCAUGGCCGAGCACAUCAUCAAACCAGACCCUCCGGAAAGUGUGUGCUUCAGCCCCCUCCCUGGGCGGCAGCUCCGGGUACAGUGGGAGCCCCCGCAGUCCUGGCCCUUCCCAGAGCUGUUUUCUCUCAAGUACUGGAUCCGCUACAGGCGGCACGGAGCCAGGCACCUUCGCCAGGUGGGCCCCAUUGAAGCCACAGUCUUCGUCCUCAGGUCUGCGCCGCCCCAGGCCAGGUACUACAUCCAGGUGGCCGCCCAGGACCUCACAGACUUCGGGAAGCCCAGCGACUGGAGCCUCCCUGCUGUCACCUGCUUGGCCCUGGGCAAGUAG